CAGUUACCCAAUGUACACUGGGACCUAGAUUACAGCUGAGGACCUCUAUACCCAUCAAGAUCAUAAUAAAAUUAGAGGAGGACAAGAGGAUUCUAUAGGACUGAAGGACAUCAAAACAGAGAAAAGAAUUAGAGCUCUCUGGAGGAAGCAAGAACUUGUCCUGUGGUAUCUCUCACAGCUUGGGAGAUGAUACGACAUCUCAUCUUCUGGUGGACAAUACAGCCAAGGCCCUGUUAGAGACAUAGACUCGAUACCUGUGAUGGUACCAGCGUCAAAAGGUAAGAAUGUAAAGACUCAACUACCCUUGAACAGGAUGACCCGGGAAGAAUUGGAGGACAGUUUGUUUCGUCUUCGUGAAGAACACAUGUUGGUGAAGGAGCUUUUUUGGAAGCAACAGGAUGAGAUCAAAAGGAUGAGGACAGCCUUGCUCCGGUCAGCCGCAGCAGGCCGGGACCGGAGGGCCGAGGUGACAGCGGCGGAGAGCUCUCGGAGCCUACGAGGCGGCGGCGGAACGCGGGGUGGCGGCAGCGGCCCCCCAAGCACCUGCGCCCCCAGCUGCACGGGCUGCAACUGCAGUUCCAGCGCGUCGGCCCCCCUGCUCCCCGUUGCACCCAGCCUCGCGUCCACGCGGGACACAGACAGCUCCACACCGCCGGGGCGGCGGGCCGAGAAACCCAAGAGGGAGUCAAGGGACAGGCUGAGCUACACAGCUCCUCCCACAUUCAAGGAACAUGUGACAAAUGAAAAAGUCAGAGGUGAAGUAUCCAGUGAACCCAGCGAACAUGCCCACAUUAUGACCAGCGAUACUAUGCAAGUGGAAGAACCACCCAAGUCUUCUGAGAAAAUGUGGUCCAAAGAUGAGAAUUUUGCACAGAGAAGCUCUUUGGAGUGCGCUCAGAAGGCCACAGAGCUUCGAGCUUCCAUUAAGGAGAAUAUACAACUGAUUCGACUUAAGAAGCUCUUACAUGAAAGGAAUACUUCUUUGGCAGUGACAAAAGCACAAUUAACAGAAGUCCAAGCUGCAUAUGAAACUCUGCUCCAGAAGAAUCAGGGAAUCCUGGGUACAGCCCAUGAUGCCCUCCUCAGCCAAGUGAAUGAGCUCAGGGCAGAGCUGAAGGAGGAGAGCAAGAAGGCUGUGAGCUUGAAGAGCCAACUGGAAGAUGUGUCCAUCCUGCAGAUAACACUGAAAGAGUUUCAGGAGAGAGUUGAAGAUUUGGAAAAAGAACGAAAAUUGCUGAAUGACAAUUAUGACAAACUCUUAGAAAACAUGCUGGAUAGCAGUAAUCAGCCUCACUGGAGCAAUGAGCAAGGAGAACAGCUACAGCAGAAAGUCUCUCAGCUGCAGGAUCACCUGGAUGCUGAGGUGGAGGAGAAGAGAAAAGUCUUACUUCAGCUGUCAAGAGAGAAAGCUCAAAACAAGGAUCUGAAGCUUGAAGUCACCAACCUGCUUCAGAAGCAUAAACAGGAAGUGGAGGACCUCCGAAAUAAAGACACAAUUUCCCAAUCUCCUGACUGGCAAUCUGAACCAGCCACUUACCCAGCUCUAUUCCAAGAGACCACUCAGAUAGAGCCCUGUGAACCAAAAAACCAAGAAGAAAAGAAACUGUCCCAGAUGUUAAGUGAGUUGCAAGUAUUGCAUGCAGAAACCAUAUUGGAACUAGAAAAGACCAGAGACAUGCUUAUUCUGCAGCGCAAGAUCAACGUGUGUUAUCAGGAGGAACUGGAGGCAAUGAUGACAAAAGCCGAUAAUGAAAAUAAAGUUCACAAAGAAAAACUGGAGAGGUUGAGUCAACUCCUAGACCUCAAGAACAAGCGUAUCAAUCAGCUGGAAGAACAACUCAAAGAUGUGGCUUAUGGCACCCGACAGUUGUCAUUAUGUCUGAAACCACUGCCAGACCAUGGAGAUGAGGAUAAAGUGGACAUUUCUCCAUGGCAUCAGAGUGAGAAUCUUUUCGAACUGCACAUCCACCAGGCCUUCCUGACACCUGCUGCCCUGGCUCAGGCUGGAGACACGCAACCUACCACUUUCUGCACCUAUUCUUUCUAUGACUUUGAAACCCACUGCACCCCACUAGCUGUGGGGCUGCAGCCCCUCUAUGACUUCACUUCUCAGUAUGUAGUGGAGACAGAUUCCCUCUUCUUGCACUACCUUCAAGGGACGUCAGCCCAGCUUCAUCUACACCAGGCUAUAGCCAGUGAGCACCGCACCCUUGCAGCUGGCUGGAUUUGCUUUGACAGGGUUCUAGAAACCGUGGAGAGAGUCCAUGGCUCUGCCACACUUACUGGAGCUGGUGGAGAAGUCUUUGGGGUGCUAGAGUACUGGAUGAGGCUGCACUUCCCCAUAAGAUCCAGCCUACAAGCAUACAAUAAGCGAAAGAAAGCCCAGGCAUACCUGUCAGCCAAUGUGCUUGGAGCCUGGGAGGCCCAGGAGGAUGAGCCCAGAUCGGAGACCAGGAAGCAUCAGAAUGAGCUGCGGGUGGAAGUCAUCCGAUGCUGCGGCCUCCAGAGUCGAUGGCUGGGAGCCCAACCCAGUCCAUACGCCAUGUAUCGCUUCUUUACCUAUUCUGACCACGACACCGCCGUCAUUCCAGCCAGUAACAAUCCCUACUUCAGAGACGAGGCUCGAUUCCCAGUGCUUGUGACUUCUGACCUGGAUCAAUAUCUGAGGCAGGAGGCCCUGUCUGUGUACGUUUUUGAUGAUGAAGACUCAGAGCCUGGCUCAUACCUUGGCCGCGUCCAAGUGCCCUUGCUUCCUCUUGCACAAAACAAAUCCAUUAAAGGUGAUUUUAACCUCACGGACCCUGGGGGGAAACCCAAUGGAUUUGUUCAGGUGCAGCUGGAUUGGAAGUCUUGCUAUCUACCCCCGGAGAGUUUCCCGAAACCAGAAGCUCCGAGUGAGGAGAAGGACACCAAGGACAGUUUAAAUACCUCAAUUGAAGAGGAAGAAGCUUCCUUUCCUCCCCAGGACCAGAUGGUAUCUAUUGAGAUUCCCAUUGAAGCUGGCCAGUAUCAAGCUAAGCAAAAACCUCCUCAGGUGGGAGAAAGAAAGGAAGGGGAACACCAGGUUCCAGGUUACUCAAGAAAACAAGGCAAAAGAACAGGCAUUCAAGGAAAGAACAGAAUGGAGUAUCUUAGUCCUAACAUCUUAAGUGGAAAUACACUACAGCAGGUGAACUACACUGAAUGGAAAUUCUCAGGGCUUAAGAUCUCCACAGAUGAUGGUUUAAAAAAUCAGCAAAAGGAAGAGGAAAUGACAUCAUCCCAUUCAGCACGGAUACUAAAGGAAGCCCUACAUCCUGUGAAUGAUAAAGAAUCCUGUGAACAAGCUUCUGAAGUCAGUGAAGCACAAACUACAGAUAGUGAUGAGAUAGUAACACCUGUAUCUCAGAAAUGUCCUAAGGCAGGUUCAGAGAAGAUGUGCAUUGAAAUCAUCUCCCUGGCAUUCCACCCAGAGGCUGAAGUGAUGUGUGAUGAGAAUGUAAAACAGGUGUACGUGGAAUACAAGUUCUACGAUCUACCCUUGUCGGAGACGGAGACUCCAGUGUCCCUGAGGAAACCAAGAGCAGGAGAAGAGAUCCACUUCCACUUUAGCAAGGUGAUAGACCUGGACCCAGUGGAGCAAAAAGACCGAAGGCAGUUUCUGUUCGCCAUGCUGACUGGACAAGAUCCUGAGCGAGGACAUUUAAAGUUUACAGUGGUAAGUGACCCUAUGGAUGAGGAAAAGAAAGAAUGUCAAGAAGUAGGCUACGCAUAUCUGGAACUGUGGCAGAUCCUGGAAUCGGGAAGAGACAUCCAAGAGCAAGAGCUAGACAUUGUUAGCCCUGAAGAUCAGGCUACCCCCAUAGGAAGGCUGAAGGUGUCCCUUCAAGCUGCUGCCGCCCUCCAUGCUAUUUACAAGGAGAUGACUGAAGAUGUGUUUCUGUGAUGGGCAAGUGCUAUUCCAUUCUAAACCCUGAGGGAACCAUAGUAAAAAGUCUCUUAUAAAGCAACUUGUUCUACCAUGAAUUUGGUUUACUAUGAUGUCUCAAGCUAAUGAUGAAAGCUUAGAAUGAUGAAAGUUUCUUUCUGAGAUAUUAGCUGGAUUAAGGGAAUUAUUCUCUAAUGGCUUGGUACUUUUCCAGGCGAGAAGCAGGCUUGCUUUCAGGAACUGCAAAAGAACUGUCACAGAAGGUGAAUUUACAAAAACAAAACAACAACAACAAAAAAAAAACCACAGUUUAUUAUCUCUUAGUUCUUCCAAAAUUGAAAAUAUCAAGUCCUACUGCUAAGGAGAAAAUAACAAACAAACAAACAAAAUCCGAGACCCCUCCCCCCCUCUUCUCUUAAAGUCACAGAACACAGAAGGAACUGCAGUGGGACAGGUGGGUGCAGAGAGAACCAGGAGGGAGAGGAUGGCAAGAUAAACUCCCCAAAUACUUAAAAAGCUGUUCAACAGAAAUUGUGAUAAAUACAGGACAAUGCGAGACAAGUAAAAACAAGGAGCAGCAGUGACGAGAGGCUGUGUUGUAGAUGUGGCCUCUCUCCCUCUUCUCUUUUCUCGUCAGGGUAUUCUAGGCCCAAGGCACGACUUACCCCUUCCAGAUCUAAAUGUUGACUCCUUCGAGCCUCCUUCUAGAUUUUCACUAGAAGCAGUACAUGAGACACAGCCAUUUUUCCUCAUAUAUCAGAAAAAAAAAAAACAGUGGUAAUUCUGCUUCUACCAUUGUACCAUGUGUGAAUUUGUAAAGAAGAUGAAACCAAGCCAGGGAGUAUCACUGCUUCUUAUGUCUUCCAAGGCAGCAGAAAUACCUCAGAAUCUGCAUGAGGCAAGAAAGCAGGAGAACUCAGAUGGAGGUACCAGCCUGAUCAGACUCACUAGCUCAAGUUGUAUGGUUUACACCAUUAGCAAAUUCCAAGAACCUUUUCUUGAGUACUGCAAAGAUGGAACUUAAAGAGAUGUGAGGAAGAUCAUGGCAGUAGGGUAGGAUGGAGGAUUGAAUCUGCUGGUCAAGAACCAUGGUACAGGUAGUUAAGGGGCACCUUGUACCAAUGUCUUGGAAAUACGGCUUUAAGACAUCAAAGAAUAAGAUGUCAGAAGCCAACGAUGUCCUGGCAGAAGGUGACAGGAAGAGAGAGGAACGAAACGGUAUUUAUUAACAGCGGAAGCCUCUGCCCUUCUUCAAGAACACCUCCUCCCUUGCCAUCUGGAUGGGGCCAUUGGCACGUGUCCUGGUGGGCCUGGAAUUCCCCAAGUAGAUUGGUCCGCACAAAUGGCCCCCUAAACCCAUAAACACAAAUGGCAAAACUUCAAAAGAAAAAAAGGAAAAA